AUGUGUCGGUCGCAGGCAUCGCUGGCGCUGCUUCUGGCGCUGUUAGCGUCAAUCGCAUCCGCGCUCGUGAUCGAGAGCCCGGACUGCCGACUAAUGACACAUGUCUCCGGCGAGUUCACCAACCUCACGAUGUUGGAGAAUGGCGGAUUGAAGAACGUAUGGAUCGUACCAGUGACCCCAUUCACGGCAUGUGAGCCGCUGCGUGGACAGGAUCUGACGGGCAAAGUGGCGCUUGUCUUGCGUGGCGACUGCAACUUUGUGCAGAAAGUGUGGCACGCCCAACGCGCCCACGCAGCUGCCGUCGUAGUGAUGGACGACGAGCUGCGACACGAGUACGACCAAUCGUCUCACUCUUCCGCUGCUUACGUGUAG